UUGACCAGUUCAAGAUUAAUUCUUUCUUGAGUCACUGGCUCAUUUCAACGAAGCGCUCAGUUAACGAUCAAUCGUUCAACAUGAAGCACAUUUGGAAGUCUAAAGAGAAGAAAGAAGCAGAUGUGGAGGAAGGACUGUGCGAAAACGAGAACGUAAAGCGAGAAUAUGUAAUACAAGUCGUACGUGAAACGAAACACAAAUGGUGGUGCGCGGUGGCGAUAUACGUGCUAGUGAUGGUUAUUUUCGGACUGAGUUUUCACAUACUUCGUACUUAUAGUUCUUCGGAAACUAUGAGUGUUAUUUAUCAGAGAGAUUUGCCAAUGUCCGAAUUACAGUCUGAAUCUCAGAAAUCAAAUCCGAGUAACGAAGCGCUCGAAACAUCUACCGAAUCUCUUACCGUCAGUGAAUUAAAUUUGCUAGAGAAUAAAAAUGAUUUUUCGCCGGAAACGCUCGUAAAAUUGAUCCCGCGGAGUUCCAGUGAGAUGGAAAGUGACAAUACAGUGCGAAAAGUCUUCGACCCGUUAUUGGUACCGGAGUUGGAUGAUUCGGUGUAUCAAAAAUUAAAUAAAAUCCCGAUGGAAGAUUUAACUUCAGUAUAUAAACUAUUUUCGGAAUUGGAAAAUGAUUUAAAAGAGAACGUAUUCUUUCCUUUAUUAAGUAAUAAAAUGACAGACAAAGAAAUUCACAGUUUGACGAAAAAUGAUGACAAUACGAUGCCAAAUUUAAAUUAUUUAGUACUUAAAUCAUUUUCAAAAUUUCAAACUAAUUUGAACAAAUUAUUUCCCUUAUUAAAUGUCGAUAAAAUGGCGGACGCGGAUGUGCACGGUUUGACAAAAAGUGACGAUAUAAUGCCAAAAGAUUUAACUUCAGAAGUUAAACCAUUUUCGGUAUUCGAAAACGAUUCAAACGAGGACGAAUUGUUUCCUUUGAAUACGAUGCCAGCAGAUGAUGUCAAGGACUUGAAGACAGUAUCAUCUUCGGAAGAUCCGAAGGUCGAUGAAACUCACGACAAAAAACCAUCCGCGGAAUCGGAAGUUGUCAAUUGUCCACCUGAUAAAUCCGACGAGUCGUCUACUGAGGUUUCUUCUUCCGAAUCAGCUCAACUCGAAGAGAAAGACGACACAGAUUUACCGUCAUCAGAUUAUCAAAUGACUUCAGAAUUCAAAUGGUUUAGCGAUCCAUCAUCUGAAUAUAACGUUAUUUUACCAUUUACUUGGUACUCUGAGGGAAAGGCUUCGCGAGUAGCGUAUAUAAGAGACUCACUGAUAAAUAUUAAACAGAUUACUAGUGACAUAAAACUUUCAUUUGGAAGUAGUUGCAAAAUAAUAAUUAUAGAGGGUGUUGUUGACGCGACAUUAUGUCCCGAAUUUUCCGAAUCUACCGAGAAAUUAAAUCUUGAGUCUUCUGCACCUCAAACUGACAUCGCGCUAUCUUCUACGCAGACUAACACUAUACUACCUUCUAUACAAACUAGUACUACCGUGCCACCUUCUACGCAAACUACCUCUACCACUACUACUACUACUCACAUCACCACUGAAGAAGAUCACAAUGAUUAUUAUUAUUAUGAUUAUUAUAAUACUAAGCAUGAAUUUUUUCCUGAUAUUUUCACAUCUCGAGAAUGGGGAGUUCAAUAAAUAAGGACAAGUUUUCAACUAUGUUACAAAUACAACGAUAGGAGCAAGAUCGCACGGAAAAAUCAUAUAUAUAUAUGAAAGUUUUUCAUAAAAUGAUUUUUAUUUCUCUUCUUGCCUUAAGAAAAUAUUAUUUU